AUGCCUAUGGCAUGGUUUAUAGGUGAAGAAGGUUUGCGAGAUAAUUUCAAUGGACCGUUAUCUGAUUAUGAUAUAUCAGUUGCUUGGGUAAGCUUCAUCACUGGUAGGGAUGAAAAUGAUGUAAGACACGGAGAUUUAAAAGAGAUCUCAUUUAUUCUAUUAACACGGUUAGGCAUGUUUGUUAUUGUUAUAGUAAUUCUUCUAUGUUGUCUUUAUAGUUUUUUUGGUACUAAAUCAAAACGAGAAGAAAAAGAGACAGUAUAUGAAGAGAGUAAUGAUGACGAUUAUAAUGAUACGGUAAAAUCUUACUAUCUGGAUGAGCCAGUGGAUGAUACAAAACUAUAG